AUGAAGAUCAAUUACCAGGUCGUGACGACCCCGACCUAUGACACCCCGGGUACCUGCCUCAUCCUCAAUUUCCCAGACAAGCGCUAUGUUUUCGGACAAGUAUCUGAGGGUACCCAGCGGGCUUGUAUGGAGCGCGGUAUCCGACUUUCAUAUCUCACCGAUGUAUUCAUCACGGGGCGAUCGGAGUGGAAGAGUCAUGGUGGCUUGAUUGGCAUGAUACUCACGGUGUCUGACGUGAUCGGCACCUCGCACAGUGCACUGGAAGCCAGCGAACGCGAGAAGGCAGAGCGUAAGCUCCAGGACGACAAAGGGACGCAUGGCUUGCCUUUGGCGAUACAGGGCGGCGAGACGGUAGUCCAGCGAGGCUCAUUAACGGUCCACGGGCCCAGAAAUUUGACGCAUACCUUGACCACUGGCCGGCGGUUUGUUUUCAGACAGGGCAUGCCCAUAUACACGCGGGAGUAUGACUCCGAGAGCGUAUUGAAGAACGUUUCGGCCACUGCAGAGGAUCCUUUCGAGCAGCCAACGUGGUCGGACAACAACAUCAAAGUUUGGGCCUUGCCUAUCCGCCCCUCGUCGCCGUCGCAGGGGAGCCCGCGAAGUCCCAGGAAGAGGAGUCUCGAUGAAUUCCAGGAGAACAAACCCGAUGGAUUAGACUCCCGCGCCCGGGAUCUGAUCACGAAACAGGCCAUUGUGAACGACAUGUUCAACUCAUCCUGGAGGAUGGACGCUCUUGUCAAGACUCCCCUGGCAGAAGUCCAAAUGCCCGCAGCGAUGUUUGUCCGCAAUGCGAAAACAAAGUCGUUUGAACCGUAUAAGGGUCCUAUGCCAGGAGGCGAUCAACCUCUCCCGGAUAUCAAGGUUUUUGUUCGACAACCUUGGCCCGGCGCAGCGGUGGAGAAGAUCCCGCCCACGUCGCGAUGUGACGAAGCGGUCUCGUACGUCGUCCGGAACCAGGAUUUCAGAGGCAAAUUCGACCCCGAAAAGGCCAAGGGAUAUGGAGUGCCAUAUGGCCCGGACUUCGGAAAGUUAGCUGGAGGCCAGAGCGUGACCGUUGGCGAUAAGGUCAUCACACCAGACAUGGUUCUUGGACCCCCACGACUCGGCAAAGGAACCGCGUUCAUUGACCUGCCAACCGCCGAUUAUGUUGAAAAUUUGGUAAAUCGACCAGAGUGGAACUCGCCCUCUGUGACGACAAAUCUCGAGGCGUUUGUUUGGAUUCUGGGUCCCGGUCUCGGGGAGCACCCCAAACUGCGCGAAUUCAUGUCCCGGAUGUCCCACUGCAAACACACAGUAUCCAGCACUGACUACAACCCGAAUUACCUGGCCAUGGCAGGCGUUGCGGGCGGGUCGGUGCGUAUGGCAAAGAUAAGACGCGAAAACCAUCCGAUUCCGAUCCACGAUAAUGUUACCCUUCCGCAAGCUGGAACGUCCACAGCCAAGCCGACGACCACGACCGAGAUCAAGAAAACAUGUCCAUUCAAGCCUUUGGAACCUGGUUUGAUUAUCGAGUUAGAGCCCGAGACCAAGAUCAAUUCAUCCCUGGUGGCACCGCGGUUCAACGCGGUCGAAGUGGUCCGGAAAAUGCCCGCUGCAGUUCAGAAGCGUGUGGCUACAAUUGGGCAGCGGGUCAAGAAGGAGUAUUUCCAGAAACAACUGAAGGACUUCCAACGGGAUCUUCCUGGGCGGGACGCAGAAAUCUUCACAUUGGGCACGGGCUCAUCGGUACCGUCGAGGUAUCGCAACGUCUCGAGUACUCUUGUCAGCGUGCCUGGAUAUGGUUACUAUCUACUUGACUGCGGGGAGAACACACUCGGCCAGCUAAAGCGCGUUUUCGAGCCCGAAAAGCUGCGAGAGGUCCUACAGAACCUGCGACUCAUAUGGAUCAGCCAUCUUCACGCGGACCACCAUCUGGGGACCGCGGCUGUCAUCCAGGCCUGGUAUAAGGAAAACUACCCCAACGGAGCCCCCGAAGUCGACAAACUUGAGACCGACAUGUCCAAGAUACUGAAUGAGAAACGCUUGUUUGUAGUCUCGGAACCCAUGAUGAUUGGGUGGCUCCAAGAGUAUGCCAGCGUGGAGGACUACGGCUUUGGCAAGAUCGUGCCCUUGACCACCUAUACGUUCACCAGAGAAGGCGGUGAUGGCGCGUUCGAGUCCAGACUCACCUACCGUCACUGCCGCGCUGAUGGCACUUACCCCGGACACGACACGGAUGAAGGAAAACCCGUAACCUCGUCUCUCAGCUUCAACGAAAACGUAUCUCCCCUCGCCCCUCUGCUCCGCAAAGCAACCGGGCUUUCCGAACUUCUGACCGCGAGAGUGUCCCACUGCAAGGGCGCCAUGGCGGUCUCCCUUGUCUUCCCAGACGGGUUCAAGGUCUCGUUCUCGGGCGACUGCCGACCCUCUCCAGGCUUCGCCGCCAUCGGCCGUGGGUCCACGGUGAUGAUCCACGAGGCCACGUUCCAGAACGACAUGGCGGGAUCGGCUCUGGCCAAAAAGCAUUGCACGGCUGCCGAAGCCCUCGAAGUGGGUCGCCGAAUGAAGGCCAAAUCCAUCAUCCUCACCCACUUCAGUCAGCGAUACCAGAAAGUCACGCACGUCGAACGAACCGACUCUCGCGACGCGGCCAAACCCGACGAGCCGGCUAAGCAGGAGCCCGACCAACUGGAUAUUCCAGACGAAGAGCCUGAAACCACGCCGGGCGUCAUGCCUCCCAUCGUGUACGACGAGAACUUCAUGUCCCAGUCGAAACCGGUUGAUGUCCCAGUGGUCGGAGCGUUCGACUACAUGCGCAUCCGCGUUGGCGACAUGCCCAUCACCCAGGCAUAUGCCCCCGCGAUCGAGAAACUGAACGAGAUCCUUGAGCGCCUUUCCGCGGCGGAGCAGGAGGAACACAAGAAGGUGCUCGAACAGCAGGCCGCGGAGAUCAUGAAGCAGAAAAUGGCAAAGCACGCGAAGCCGGGCAAAAAGGCCAAGAAGGGCUUCAAGGCAGGCGCCGGUGACGCUCCUGCUCCUGCCCCCGAACCUGCUCCUCCGGCGCCCGCCCCCGAGGCCGAGGAAAAGCCGCAGCCCAAGCACUCAAUCUGGAGUGCCAGCGAGAGCGAAAGCGGAUGGAGCACCAGCGAAGACGAGGAACUCGAUCUCGAACCCGUCGUGCCAGUAACUCCUCGCAAACCGAGUCCUCCCACGACCUACAGCCCGCCCAUGACCCGGUCUCGGUCGAAGCCGCCUAAAUCGGAAUAA